ACUUCCACCGCACGACGGCCGCUCUUCUGCUAGUUCUACUGCAUUCUCCUAUGCGAGCCACGAGGUCUGUGAAAAGGCCGUAACCUAAGCAUCUCACAACACCACCAUCACCACCACCACCAUAUCCUCCUCUCCGCCGACAUGGCUGCUCCCGCCGCCGACUUGUCCGAAUCGUUACCACCACUCCAGUCACCACAUAGCCCAAAUGCAUCGUCACUGCCGUUUCCAGAAUUACAAGAGUUGCCGCAAAAGCUGAGAGGGCGGCAGAGACUGCUACAGAGCUUGACUCGCAAGACCUCUUCGCCCUCGAUAGCACGGCUCAGCACAACCCGAUCCAACACUUACAACGGCAAUGGCAAAGGCUCAAUUUCAUGCAUCGCGCUCAAUGCAGGGACAACAUACGGCAGUCCUGGCACUGCAUUGAGUCGCGAGAUCUCAGUUGCGUUUCAAACACCCGCCCCAUCUGCAGCGACAACGCCUGGUAUUCACCUUUCAGCCUUGGAUGAGGCCGCUCGUAUUCGUGUCCUUGCUCAGCACGAUGGCAAGCUGUCUGUUGGUAUUCCGUCUGAGAUCCGCUCCACGCCGAAAUCAGGCGCCGUUCUUGGAAUCACGAAAGUGGACGAGGAUUACUUCUCGCGGCCAGUAGCAAGACCAAUACAAUCGCGCCCGAACUUCAAUUUUUGGCAUGAUCUUCCGUCCGAGCUGAGAAUAGAGGUAUUGACUUACCUCAAGCCCAAAGAGGUCAUACGAUGUUCAUCAGUCUCAAAGUCCUGGCACCAAAUGUGCUUCGAUGGACAACUGUGGGCCGUAUUGGACACUUCGGGCUUUUAUCAGGACAUACCAGGAGACGCUCUAGUGACCAUCAUCACCGCCGCCGGACCAUUUGUACGAGAUCUCAAUCUGCGAGGUUGUGUUCAGCUUCGAGAGCGCUGGAACUCUAGAGGUCUAUCGGAUGCGUGCACAAAUCUAGAGAACCUGUCACUCGAAGGCUGUCGCAUUGACCGCGCAUCUAUUCACAACUUUCUGUGGUCAAACAGCAGUCUUACUCACAUCAAUUUAUCCGGUCUUGCGGGCGCUACCAAUGCCGCUAUGAAGGUGAUUGCUCAGAAAUGCCCCAGGUUGGAGCAUCUCAAUAUCUCGUGGUGCAACAACGUCGACACUCGGGGGCUUCUCAAAGUCGUGGAGAGCUGCCCUCUCUUGAAGGAUCUUCGUGCUGGUGAAAUUCGUGGCUUCGACGAUCUUCACUUUAUGGAGCGUCUUUUCGAGCGCAACACUCUGGAGCGUCUUCUACUGAUGAAUUGCGAGACAUUGACCGACGAAUCCAUUGCUGUCUUGAUUGAAGGUAGCAACAGCGAGAUUGAUCACAUCUCUGGCAGACCCAUCGUGCCACCCCGUAGGCUCAAGCAUGUUGACCUGACGGGGUGCAAGUCACUUACUGAUAAAGGUGUGCGUAGCUUCGUUGGGAACAUUCCAAAUAUCGAGGGACUGCAGUUGUCCAAGUGUAAUGGAAUCCUCGAUGGCACGCUGACCGCGUUGCUCCCAACUAUCCCUAUGUUGACCCAUUUAGACCUAGAAGAACUCGAAGACCUCAGUAACGUAACUUUGCAUGCGCUGGCGAGUUCCCCGUGUGCCAAAAGGCUAAAACACCUGAGCAUCUCAUACUGCGAAAACAUGGGCGAUGCUGGGAUGCUGCCCGUGGUUAAAGCAUGCACGAAUCUUCGAUCUUUGGAGAUGGACAACACGCGUAUAGGAGAUCUGGUGCUGGCAGAAGCUGCCAGCAUGGUCCGGCAGAGGAGUGGACGCAAGACCGUUCAAGGCACGACAACCUCAGGCCAACAUUCGUGGAAACCUGUGGUCGGUCUGCGAUUAGUCGCCUAUGAUUGUCAGAAUGUGACCUGGACUGGUGUGCGAGAACUUCUGUCUCGAAACGCGGAUGUGUCGAUCACUACUCACACGAUGAAUCUUGCAGUGUCUGAUAUUGCUGGGGGUGAAUCAACUCCCGCAGAUGUGGCCCCGCCACCACGGCUUCACAUCGUCCAAAGUGCAACUUUCCCGGCCGAAGUCAUCCAAGCCAAGGUGUUCUAUACAUACCAGCCAACCGUGGAAGAGCAUUUCAAGCGUGUAAUGCGUGGCGACUUCAUUGCGGCCAGGCGUCUCGAGAGGAAAUGGGCGGAGUUCAUGAUUGCCCAGGAAGAGGCCAGCACUACAGGGGGUGGUCGACGCCGUCGAGAACGGCGAGCCCGUCAGGCGCAGCUCAUGCAUGCCGACGAGGAAGAUAUCGAUGCACAUGCACCCGGUAUUGGCGUGGGCGGAGGUCGUCGACGGCGUGCGCGAAGUGGCGGAUGCACGGUGAUGUGAUAUAUAUUUCAGUAGGAUAGAUGGUUAGGGUAUCUUGUUCGUAGCACCCGU